GAUAUGGUACCAAGAAUUGCAUCAAUAUCCGUCUAUGGAGUAGUAAACCUGAGCGCCAAUUUGAUCUUAACCGAUUUAACGAAGGUCAAUAUGAACAGGCUGUCCAAGAACAAAUGAAAGCUGAAAAUAUAACUGCUGUGUUGUAUCCUAACGACAAUCAUAUGGUUGGCAAGGAAUUACGUCUUAAACAACAAUAUUUCUGGGUAGCUGCUAGUCUUCACGAUAUCGUUCGCCGCUUCAAAAAAUCACAAAGAUCAUGGACCGAAUUCCCUAAUCAGGUUGCCAUCCAAUUGAAUGACACUCAUCCAACACUUGCUAUUGUCGAACUUCAAAGAAUAUUGGUCGAUCUUGAAGGACUUGACUGGGAUGAUGCAUGGGGCAUUGUCACCCGAACAUUUGCUUUCACAAAUCACACUAUUCUUCCCGAAGCUAUGGAAAGAUGGCCAGUUCCCAUGGUGUCAUAUUUGUUACCAAGACAUAUGCAGAUCAUUUUCGAUAUCAAUUUAUUCUUCUUACAAAAAGUUGAAAAGGCUUAUCCCAAAGAUCGUGACAUUUUAGCCAAAUUAUCUAUUAUUGAGGAGUCAUCACCACAAUUCGUGAGAAUGGCACAUCUUGCCAUCGUUGGUUCACAUCGUGUCAAUGGUGUUGCUGAGUUACAUUCAAGCUUAAUCAAAACAACGAUUUUUAAAGAUUUCGUUGGUUUUUAUGGUGAUAAAAAAUUCGAGAACAAGACAAACGGCAUUACUCCUCGCAGAUGGUUACAUCAGGCAAAUCCUAAAUUAAGUGAUUUAAUAACCGAGACCUUAGGAAAUAAAGAUUGGCUAAAGAACCUUUAUUUAUUGAAAGGACUUGAAAAAUGUGUUGACAAAAAAGAUUUCAGAAAACGUUGGGUUGAUGUUAAACAUUCAAACAAGGCUCGUCUGGCUAAAUACAUCGAAAAAUCUACUGGAAUUAUUGUAAAUCCAAAUGCUUUGUUUGACGUUCAAGUUAAAAGAAUCCAUGAAUAUAAAAGACAAUUUAUGAAUAUCUUGAGUGUCAUUCACCGAUAUAAUGCAUUGAAAAAGAUGGACACAAAAGAACGAGCCAAAUCUGUUCCUCGAGUUGUCAUUUUUGGAGGAAAGGCUGCCCCCGGUUAUUACAUUGCAAAAUUGGUGAUUAAAUUGAUAAAUAGUGUUGCCGAAGUUGUGAACAAAGACAUUUCAAUUGAAGAUACCUUGAAGGUUGUUUUUAUCCCAGAUUAUAAUGUCUCAGUUGCCGAAAUUAUUAUUCCAGCCUCGGACAUUUCGCAACAUAUUUCAACAGCCGGUACAGAAGCUUCUGGAACCAGUAACAUGAAAUUUGUUUUAAACGGAGGUUUAAUUCUCGGUACAGUUGACGGUGCUAAUAUUGAAAUUCAUGAAGAAAUUGGUGACGAGAACAUUUUCAUGUUUGGACAUUUGGCUGAUAGAGUCGAUGACUUGAGACAUGCGCAUAGAUACCGUAACGUACCAAUGGAUCCCGCUUUACAAGCGGUAGUAAACGACAUCGAAUCAGGUCACUUUGGAGAUUCGCGUAUUUUUGCACCCUUAAUCAACACACUGACUCACGGUAAAGACUAUUAUCUAAUCUCUGAUGAUUUCGAAUCAUACCUUAAUGCACAAAUUUUGGUGGAUGAAGCUUAUAAAGAUCAAGAAGGAUGGUCAAAAAAGAGUAUCUUGUGUGCUGCAAAUAUGGGCAAAUUCUCAUCCGAUCGUGCUAUCAAAGAAUACGCAAAUCAGAUAUGGAAAAUUGAUCCUGUACUUGUUGAAACUAAGCAAUGUA